GCAAGUAUCGUAGCGCAGGUAGUAUCGAAACAGAAGCUGCUCUGAAAGCAGCCAGAAUCUGUAUUGAACAGGGAAAAAACUUGGACGUAGCAAUGUUCCUUCAAAACGUACUUUACAUUAACCUCAACAUGAUCGAACAACAGCGGGUUCGCGGUUUGAAGUACUCACAGAUCUGUACCAGAAAAUAGGCUACAACAGAAAAGCCGCAUUCUGCCAACGACUUGCUGCCUGGCGACACGUUGCCGUUAGUAACACCAACCCUGACUGGGGCCAAAGUUAUCGACUCAUGCUGGAAAGUUUCCCAGGGCACAAGCUCGUUCUUGAACCACAACAGGUACUCGAGAGCAACAUCGGCUGGCCGGUUUUACAGAUCGAUCUUCUCCAACAGCUAAUGGGAACGGCCAGGCGGCUGGGACAAUCGGCGUUAGCUACACGGCACAUGACAUUCCUGCUGCAAACGAUGUGGCAACAUUUGAACGCACACGAUCAAAAAGAAAUGGCACUACAGCUCCAAAAUCUCAGCUCGCAGUGCGAGGGUGCACCGGUUCCGUUGGUAUUGGAAAAUGGAACCAUCAUACCGCCCGCGAAUCUGACAGAUCUACCCUUGUGCAGUCAACUGUUGGUAAAAGAUUUGCCGUCGCACAUGAAACCGCUCAAGAUUGUUGUUGCCAAAGCCGAUAGUGGACCGUUCCUUUUCACGCCAAUCCACUUCAGUUCGAUGGAUCGCCGCCAGCCGAAGGACGAUAGUAAAAUAUCGUUCAACUGGAUUCAGCACGAUGUGUGCGAGGAGAACUUGAAACUGACCAACCCGCUGCCCUUCGAGCUUCAGGUAACUGACAUCCGGUUACUAACAACAGGGGUAUUUUUCGAGGCAUUCCCCCAAACGGUGAUGCUGCAGCCAAAUGUCUUGACAACAGUGGCCCUGCACGGAACACCUAUCGAAUCAGGAGAGCUUGAUAUUCAAGGCUACAGCACCCACACGUUAGGAGUCAAAUCGAACUGUCGCUUGAAACACAUGUUACACCGAAAUGAAUUAGUAAUUAGUCCUCAAUGAAUUUCGAUAUCAGGCGGGCGAAGGCUAGAGAUUUACCAAGAAUAGAAAUGCCGCCAAAUAUUAUUUUUAUAGGUGUAGGGGGAACUCGUCUAUGGCCGGACACCGCCUAUGACCGGACAACAUAGAUUUUUCGAAAAAACAGUAUCCUAAUAAUGUUUUAACAUCAUGAAAAUAAAGUAAAUAGUAGCCUGAUAUGGUGUUAUAAAUAUGGUAAUUCCAUCUGAAAAGGAAAACCAAUGAGAGGCAUCUGAAGCUUUUGCCUAGUAGUACGGAGAGGAUCGCCUGAACUUUGAAUUUGUAUUGUGGUCAGUU